GGUGGCGGAGGCGGCGGGGAGCUGAGUCCUGAGCGCCGGGGAAAGCCUUGGACACUUUUCCACCAUGCUGACGGCCUUUUAGACAUAUUUGUCAGUCUUCCCAAAUUUUAACUGAAGAAAACCCUAAGUGUUUGAAGAUAAGUGUGACCUCCACCUACCAGGAUGAAUCUAGAAAAACUCAGCAAGCCCGAACUCCUAACACUCUUCAGUAUUCUUGAAGGGGAGCUCGAAGCAAGGGACCUUGUUAUAGAAGCUUUAAAGGCCCAACACAGAGAUACGUUCAUUGAAGAACGCUAUGGAAAAUACAACAUCAGUGAUCCUUUAAUGGCUCUCCAGAGAGACUUUGAGGCACUGAAGGAGAAAAAUGACGGCGAAAAGCAGCCAGUCUGCACAAACCCACUCUCCAUCCUCAAGGUGGUGAUGAAGCAGUGCAAGAACAUGCAGGAGCGCAUGCUGGCUCAGCUGGCCGCUGCCGAGAGCGGGCACCGCAAGGUGAUCCUUGACCUUGAGGAGGAAAGGCAGCGGCAUGCGCAGGACACAGCUGAAGGAGAUGACGUCACCUGCAUGCUCGAGAAGGAGAGAGAGCGGCUGACGCAACAGCUGGAAUUUGAAAAGUCCCAGGUGAAGAAGUUUGAAAAGGAGCAGAAGAAGCUGUCCAGUCAGCUGGAGGAGGAGCGUUCCCGCCACAAGCAGCUCUCCUCCAUGCUGGUGCUCGAGUGCAAGAAGGCCACCAGCAAGGCGGCCGAGGAGGGCCAGAAGGCAGGGGAGCUGAGCCUGAAACUGGAGAAGGAGAAGAGCCGCGUGAGCAAGCUGGAGGAGGAGCUGGCGGCGGAGAGGAGGCGAGGCUUGCAGAUGGAGGCCCAGGUGGAGAAGCAGUUGUCCGAGUUUGACAUCGAACGGGAGCAGCUGCGAGCAAAGCUGAACCGGGAGGAGAACCGGACCAGAACUCUGAAAGAGGAGCUGGAGAGUCUGAAGAGGAUCGUCAAGGACCUGGAGGCCUCUCACCAGCACCGCGGCCCCAGCGAGCCGUCCAGGAAGCGGGUGGCCGUGGCCAAAGGCACAGCGACGGAGCCUCCCGUGGUCGUGUCUGUGUUUUGCCAAACAGAGAGUGUGCAGGCAGAGAGAACCCACGGGGGCGGCACAGCCUCGGGGCCGGCCUCCACACCGCCUGGCCCGGCCACUCCCGCCUCUGCGUAUGCAAAAGCCAAUGGCCACUUUGACCCAGAGAUACAGACGUCAAAGGAGCUGGCUGCAGGCAGCAGCGUAGAACACCAAGUGCCUCCACGAGAGAAGUCUGUGGCCCAAGACAAGGCCGUGGAGAACGGCGGCUGUUCCGCGGGCCAGGACACCCCGGCCCCAGCGGCCAGUCAUGCCCCCUCCGGCGGGAGCUCUCUCUCCCCCAGCAGCACCGCCUCGUCCUCGCUCACGUCCUCCCCUAGCUCGUCACCGGUGCUCAGUAAGCGCUUACUGGGCUCCUGCGCCAGCAGCCCUGGCUAUCAGUCCUCUUACCAGGUAGGGCUCAACCAGCGCUUCCAUGCCGCCCGGCACAAGUUCCAGUCCCAAGCGGAUCAGGAGCAGCAAGCCACUGGCCUGCAGAGCCCUCCGUCCAGGGACCUGUCCCCCACCCUCAUGGACAACUCUGCCGCCAAGCAGCUGGCCCGAAACACAGUCACUCAGGUGCUCUCCAGAUUCACCAGCCAACAAGGGCCCAUCAAGCCCGUCUCUCCCAACAGCUCUCCCUUUGGCACAGACUAUCGGAAUCUGGCCAGCUCUGCCAACCCGAGAAGCGACACCAGCCAUUCGCCCACUCCAGGGAAGGUGUCUAGUCCUCUGAGCCCCCUGUCUCCGGGGAUCAAGUCCCCUACCAUCCCCAGAGCUGAGAGGGGGAACCCUCCACCCAUCCCGCCCAAAAAACCUGGCCUCACCCCGUCCGCGCCCGCUGCCACUCCCCUGACCAAAACUCACUCCCAGGCGUCGUCGCUGAGCGCCACCGAAGACCUCGCAGGCAGCUGCUCGCCGAAUGUCGUCGUGGCCAACGGCAAGGACGUUGAGAUCCUUUUGCCAACCAGCAGCUAGUCCCCGGAGGGAGCGCGCCCCCUGACACUCCAUCAGACUUCACCCGGGAGCUCAGAGUCAAGCCGUCGAGUCAGAUCAUGUUAUUUAUUUUGAUAGUAGCUGAAACCAUCUGUAAAAUACAUUGAGUGUAUUUCAACUUUUUGUAUUUUUUUUAAGUAGAAACUGAGUCGUUUGGGUUUUUAUGACUCGCAUCUUUGUACUAAAGCUAGAAGGCACCUCAAAGACAUCUCGAGCUCGACAGUCGCCAUCGCAUAGCGAUAGAGAAAGCUAGUCGAGCACCAGGUGGUGAUUUGCUGUCUAUUUUGGGACUAGAAUCACUCAAUACUCUUUCUGAAUUAUGCAGAAGUGGUUCGUGCAGAUUUUUAUUCCAGAUGAACAUGUUUAAAAAGUGCCUGAAAUAAGACUGCCAUAUGAAUGUGAUUCUGCAGCAAAAACACAAAACAGAUCAUUUUAUUGCAGAAAAUUAGAUCCUCUGUGAAUCCUGAAUGUUAAAAACCAACACUGCUUUGACUCCUCUUUUUAACCCAGGCCUUGUGCUGAGAAACAGGGCUGAGUGAGUAGCACUGGAGAGGUCACGGUGGGGAGCGCGCUCACCCCAGAUCGGGCUUUCUAGCACCCUGGAGAAACCCUCCUAAACAUGAAGCAGUUGGGGUGCUGAUUUUCUUGUACUUUUGAAAAAUUGUCACCCCGAGUCUCCUGAGUAAGUUCUUGAAUAGAGUGAAAUCACAUCUCCAUUCAAAAAGUGUUUUCAGGCAUCUGCUGUUGUGUAAGGAACCUCUGAUUCCGAUGGCUAUUACUUGAAUAGGAAAUGGUUAUUCAUUCUGUAUAAAAGUUUUGCAACAGAAUGAGAUCUUUAUUCUGUAAUCUAAAAAGCAAUAACAGAAAAUUCACUCUCCUUGUAAUAUUAUAAAUCAGAAUCACAUAGGUUUUACUAAACUUAUACUUACUCUCUAAGCUGCCAGCACUUGGUGUCUAUAUCUGUGGAACCAAAUUAACUUUUGCCUAAGUGGAAGUAUAAAUAUAUCUGUAUAGAUACACGACCCUUUGCGUGUUUAACAUACACUUAAACACAUAAAUAUUAGUGUGAUUAUAUCUUUGGAGUUUGCAAUAGAGCAUAAAGGACGAGUAGAAAUGCACCUUCAGAUUACCUACUAAAGCAGCUACAUGUGCUUGGGACCCAGUCAUUCAAGAGAGGACUUUUGUCCAUGGGGAGGGUGCAAAUUCCAAAUAAAGUCAGGUCUUCAGCAUCAUAAAAAGGAAGGGCCAGAUUCCCCGACCCUCCACCUCGCCCUCACCCACACCUUCACCUGGGAGCACCUGCUGCCCCCCCCCACACACACACAAACACACUCCCAGUAUCACAAAACUCACUGGUCAUAAAAGUGAGUGAAAUUCAGCUGCAUUAAGACAGCCGGGCAUGGUAGAAGCUGCAACAGGCUUGUCAUGCCCAAGCCCCACAGAGAAGAGCCACACCCUGUCCAGCCCUGCUGCUUGACACAGUGCAGGAAUCUCAGGCUGGGGCUUCUCACAUUUUUAUGAAACCCAAAUUUUCAUGAGAGACAUGCCAUUUUUAAAUGUCAAGAACUGAUUCAAAAAAUUUUAAACUUCUGGUUAAACAAAUACUUCUGCAGCUGGCUACAGUUCAUGAGCUGCCAAGUUGCGACCUCCUUCAUUCUAGAAACUUCUCCCUUUGGCACAGACUGUCAAAGUCAUGUCAGCCCUGCCAACCCAUUCCAUCAGAGUGAGUCUCUGAGGAUAAAUGCCUCCAGGCUUUGCAACUUACAAGCUACUACCAAGCGCUUAGAAUAUGGGGAUGCCCCCCCCCCCCGCUUCUAAACAGCCCUGUCCACAGCCCAGCGUAGGCAGCGUGGCUACGUGGUCAUGUGUCCACAGCAAUGCAAUCAUAUAAGGGGUAGGGAAGGCCUCCUGCUGUAAUUUCAAUAUUUUUCCUCUUAAUCCCAACAUGGGUUGAUGGGAGAAAGGCAGGUGAUUGAAGUUGGUUCCAUAGAUCACAUAGGUUCACAGAGAUCACAGGAGGGUGCUGGUGUCUCCAUAAUACAUAAAUCAAAUUCUGCUUAGCUCCAGAGAUAUCUACCAACAUGCUGAAGAUGGGAUCCUAAACCAAACCAGUCUUACACUAAACUACUCCACAUGUAGCCAGCUGAACGGUGUUGAUAAAAUAGCUAAACCUUCGAAACAAGAAAACUGGCUAUAAUCCAGAGUAGCAUUACCUCUCUUGCUUUAAAUGGUAAUCGUAAAAGUUGCAUUGUGCUCUUCCUUUGUUUUGGCAUAGAUAUAUAGAGAGAGAUUAUAAGGAAGUUUAUUUCUUAGGAAGUGCACUGAAUAAUGUAUUUCUUUUACAGUGUAAUAUGGGGGUGGGGAAAUGCAAAAAAAAUAUGUGUAUUUUUGCUAGUUGCCUAUCUUCUGAGAUAAAUAAGCACAAUAUUGCAAUGGAUCCAAUAAUCCAGUUAGGUAUUAUAGAUUAGUAUUUAAGUUUGCUGUAGAUUGUGUGUGUGCUAAGUAAAGAGUUCCAUGAUUCACAAUUUUGGUAUUAACUCAUGUUACGAAAGCUAUGUUACUCUGUUACGGGACAACAGAUUAUAAUGAUGUGCAACCUAACACAACCAUUAACUAGUUAACAUUUGUAAAGCCACAUGUACCAUGCAAAAAGUCUUCAUCCAUUUUUAUAGCAGAAUACAUUAAAACAAGUUAAUCACA